AGCUCACCACCUACUACAGUACUCUACUGCCCAUGCCCUCUCCUCCCACCUGCGACAUAUCGCGUCAAACAUCUUUCUGGUGAUCGCUGAAAAGUGACCCGACCAACAAGUCCUCGGAGGCACUCCAAGUGCAGGGCUAUACCGAGAACUUGAAGCAACAUGUCCGGAUUCACGAACACUGCGCGGCUGUCCGCCCGCAUGGCGACCAGAUGCGCCUCCCGCAACGCAGCGAGAAGAGGAUUCCAUGUCUCUCAGCGUGGAGCAGCUGCGCAGAACUAUACGAUGCCCGCGCUAUCACCUACCAUGACGGAAGGCAAUAUCUCCAAAUGGAAUCUCAAGGAGGGAGACUCGUUCGUGGCGGGAGAUGUCAUCCUGGAAAUCGAGACGGACAAGGCGACUAUGGACGUUGAGGCACAAGAUGAUGGGAUCCUGUUCAAGAUCAUCAAGACCGAGGGCAGCAAGGGUAUCAAGGUCGGAGAUCGGAUAGCGGUUACUGCAGAUGCUGGGGACGAUAUCAGCUCCCUGGAAGUGCCAGCUGAAGAAGGUGCUACACAACAGAAGCAGGCGAAAGAGGAUAAGCCAAUGCCGGCUCAAGAGACGAAAUCCCAGGAGCCCGAGAAGAAGGAGGAGAAAGAUGCGCCAGUAGCAACACAAAGAGCAGGUCAGGAAGGAAAGCAAAGGGGCGGUCCUGCGACCAGGAAAUUUCCGUUGUACCCAUCAGUCGAGACUCUGCUGCACCAGAACGGUCUUUCGGCCCAGGACGCAGACAAAAUUACAGCCACGGGACCGGCUGGACGCCUGCUGAAGGGAGACGUUCUCGCAUAUCUCGGAAAGAUCAACAAGGACUAUCCAGCAGAGGCUUCGAAAAGGCUAGCGAAGCUUGCUCAUUUGGACCUGAGCAAUAUCCAGCUUGCAAAGAAAGUGGAAGCGAAGCCUGACACGAAGCCUGCAGAGAAGCCUGUGCCAGAACUGCCGGCAGAAACGGAAAUCGCCAUUCCCAUCUCGCUAUCUCAAGUGAUUGCAACGCAGAAGAGAGUCAAGGACACAUUGGACAUUCACCUCCCUCUCUCCACGUUCAUUGCCAGAGCGUCUGAGCUCGCCAACGCAGAUCUACCACUCGACAAGCGACGCAAGCCUACCGCGGACGAGCUAUUCAACUCCAUUCUUGGCCUUGAUCAGGUGGUUUCGUCGAAGAAUGGUGCCUACUUCCCGCAGAUCACUGGGCUGAGUACACCCUCAUUGUUGAGGAGUAAGCCGACUAAGAAGCCCGACAUUAUUGAUUUACUGGCACCGAAAGCGAAGAAGCAUGCCCCGGUCCCUCCUGCUUCUGUCCCUGCGGGCAUAUCUACCAGCGACAACAUCUUCUCUGUAGUUGCCAAGGACGGCGAAGAGUCGAGGGCGACGGAGUAUCUGGAGCGAUUGAAGCUCGUGCUGGAGAAAGAGCCCGGCCGACUUGUCCUCUGAUUGAAAUGUGCGUUGAUUUGGCAUGGAUUGCAUGAUUUCGCGGUAAGCGUGCGCGCGGCAUUUGAGAGAGCAAGGCGUUAGAAUAGCGAGCGAUGGUCUCGGUCAGGUACAUGUAGCUCCUGUCUAUGUAUCAUUGAGCAAUAUGUCAACAUUAACUGAAAUUCGGGUAACUCUGUCUCUCAAGGUUUCCGCAGGAUGUGGGCAGAUAAGGUACCUGGUACAUGUAUAAAUUAUGUACAUGUACCUUGACGUCGCCACGCGGGGCUUGAAGUGAGUGACGUACAGAAGGCAGAUUUUCAGAUGCGCGUUUGAAGACAACAUCCUUGCAUACAUGUAUCUACCACUUACCUACCUACCUACAUCAUACUUGU